CCCAUCAGCAGCAGCAGCCGCCGCAGAAGUGGAGCAAAAGCAAAACCAGAACCAUCAGGAACCAUCCACUCGAAAUCACUCAAAACAAAAGUCGACGUUUUUCGUUUGUGUUGCCUCCACCUUCGCCAAGUCAGUGCCAGCCAAAAAGAGGGACGCAAACAAAGAGACUUUCUGUUUUUUUCCGUUCGUGCAUUUCGUAAUUGUUUACGAAGGUUGUCUGCGAUUUCCGGAAGUGACAAAGGAGGCGCUCGUCACGAUGUUUCAGUUCAACGGCUUCAACAUGAUGUUCCCGGACCACUCGCGUCCCUUCAACACGACCUACAAGUGCUACUCGGUGUCGAUGCUGCCGGGGAACGAGCGCCAGGACGUGGAGAACGGGGGGAAGAUAAUCAUGCCGCCCUCGGCGCUGGACCAGCUGACCCGGCUGAACGUCGAGUACCCGAUGCUGUUCAAACUGACCAACAACAAGAUCAACCGGAGCACACACGCCGGCGUGCUGGAGUUUGUCGCGGACGAGGGAAAGAUCUACAUUCCCUACUGGAUGAUGCACAACCUGCUGCUGGAGGAGGGCGACAUCGUGCAGAUCGAGAGCGUGUCGAUUCCGGUGGCCACGUACUCCAAGUUUCAGCCGCAGAACGUCGAGUUCCUCGACAUCACCAACCCGAAGGCCGUCCUCGAGAACUGUCUGCGGAACUUUGCCUGCCUCACGACCGGUGAUCUGAUCGCGAUCAAGUACAACAACACCAGCUUCGAGCUGUCCGUCCUGGAGACCAAACCCGGCCCGGCCGUCACCAUCAUCGAGUGCGACAUGAACGUGGAGUUUGCGCCGCCCGUCGGCUACACCGAACCGCAGAAGAAGCCCAAGGAGGAGGAACCGAUGGCGGUCGAUCCGGCGGAACUGAUGCCCGAGCCGGCAGGAUUUGUGGCGUUCAAGGGGGCCGGAACGCGUCUCGACGGGAAGAAGAAGAAGGACAACGGGGCGAACGAGGCGGCACCGGUGGCGAGGGCCAACUACGUGCGCGGAAUUCCCGACUACGAGCAUCCGUUUGGGCUGCUGCGGUUCGAUCGGAGCGUGCGCAAAGCGGAAGCGAACGAGGGCGGCAAACCGGAGGAGGAUCCGUUCAAGGCGUUCCAGGGGGAGGGGUUCAGCUUAAAGAAGAGCCGGAAAUGAGAGGUUGGUCGUGAGUGAGGAGAGGGAAGGCGUUUUAUUUAUCCGCUGUAAUUUUCUUGUAAUGCGUACUUGGAAUAAAUUAUAAAUUUAUCGCGUGAAAGUGGA